GUCCCUGCGGCGCGCGGCCGAGCGCGCUGCCCUUGCUGCAGCCAUGGCCGUCAGGCUCUUCCCCGCCGUCAAGUUUGUCAUCAAAGGAAGCCUGGCCGGAGCUGCUGUAUACGUGGCGUAUGAUCAGGGGCUGCUGGGCAGUGGCACACAAGCUGCUGAAGCCCUGAAAAAAGCUCAAGCAGCACUGCCUCCAGCUAUCCAAGAGUGGACAAGUUACAUAGGCUGGGAGCUCCCACCCACUCCAAAAUUUGACUUUUCCCCCUCUGAUUCCUGGAAUAAAGGAGUGCAGACAGUCAUGUCUGCCUUGUCUGUAGCUCCCACCAGGGCCUGUGAAUACACUGUGGAAGGCUGGAAGUAUUUGAAGGAUCUUGUCAAAUGAACAUGUUCUCCAGGGUUCAUGAUUCUCUCCAUCUUAUGUUGUCUUUGGGAUGAUGCAUAGUCCAUCCCCCUAGAGAGCAGCUCGGCCAUGCAAGGGCUACAAUAAAAGACUUUGGAACUUC